AUGAACAACGCUAGCCGCCCAGUCACCCAGGGACGAACGCAAAAAGCGGGCGCAUAUAGCCAGGUUAACGGCACAAAAACCGAAGCCGGAGGCAGCCAGCCCGCUAUGAAGAGGCAGAGAGUCGAAGGCGGGCUCGAAGGGACCAAAGCCACACCUCAGGGUACGCAGCCUUCUCAAAAGCGGGUCGCUGAGCCGCCCUUCGUGACUUUUGGCUCGGUCCAUCAAAUCCCGCUGCUGAGCGCACUCCCGCUUGCAGUCUUCGGGGGAGCCCCCACUGUACACCAGAGUGACGCUGUCCUGAAGCUGCUCAGGCUUGCUUUGGAGGCGGACAGGGAGGUGCAGGUCAAGCUGCUGUGCCUCCUGGACGAGGUCGUGCCGGAGACCAACAUGAAUGCGAACCUCGCAAAAGACGACCUCAUCCGAGACAACCCCGACGCACCCGACCUCUUCGCAUACCGCCCCCUCCACGUCGACAAGCGAAUAAUCACGUCGCUCAAGAACGGCUUCCACAUCCCGCUCACCAUGUUCACCAUCCAAUCCAUGGCCGCCGUGAACAGGCACCCCUGGGAGCUCGCCUGGGAGGAGCGCUGCGACGGCGCGCUCAACGAAGUCCCCUGCAUCGACGCGACCCCGUACUACCCGCGCGAGGACGCGAUGCUGCCCGUCGACUGGCGCGAGGCGUACCCGUACUUCCUGCAAGCGCUGCACGCAUUCCUGUCGCGCGUGGAGGUCGCGCGCUUCCGCACGCACUACGAGUACCUCGCGGGCCAGCGCGACUUCGUGCGGAACUUCGAGGCCGUGCUGGCGUUCGACAUCUCCGUGCGCGAGCGGUACUUCCGGGACAAGGCGUGGGUGGCGUUCGAGGCGGGCUCGGCCGAGUACGAGCAGGCGUAUCAUAACGAGACGAUGAAGCUUCUGCGCGAGGACCUCCGCCGUGCUGAGGAGUCGCAGGAACGGUGGAACGACCAGCAGAGGGGAGGACGCUCUAGGAAUGACGGGUAUCGAGGCGGAGGGGGUCGAUGGAACGGACGCGGAUGA